AUGGAAGUGCUCAAAUCUAACUUCGAAUCAAAGCUUCCUCUCAUAGAAAAAGCUUUAUUAGAAGCUGAUUUUAUCGCCAUUGAUGCUGAAUUUACAGGUCUUCAAACGCCAGAUAUCCAAUUUCAACAGAUUGACGAUUUAGCAGUUCGCUACUCUAAAAUGAAAAGUUGCGUCCAAGAGUUUACUAUCAUUCAGUAUGGCGUAUGUGCCUUCAAAAAGGAUGAGCAAACCGAAGCUUAUCAUGCCAAACCGUUCAACUUUUAUAUAUUUGGUGCUGAUACAAAUGAAGUUCAAAGCCGAAGAAUUUUUUCUGCUACACCAAGUAGUUUAUCCUUUCUAAGGUCCAAUAAGUUUGAUUUCAACAGAUUAAUUGAAGAAGGUAUCCCCUUCUACAACUUCAAUGAAGAAAAUUCAAUGUUCCAGUCAGUUCAAGGCACCAGUGUCCUUAAUCGCCGAACGAUGAUCAAAGAAUCUACACUCAAUAAAUCGGGCAAAAGCUUCCUUGACUAUAACCGCAACACCAUCAAGAGAUGGUUACAGGGAAAUACAGAGAAACCACUUAUAGUACAAGUGAAUAGCAAUUUUUACAGGAAAUUGAUCUAUCAAGAAAUUCAGGACAGCAAGUAUAAUGGGUUUUUGCAAGCGUCACAGAGAGAUAGUAGACAUCUGGAAAUUACAAGGGUUAAAGAAGAAGAAAAACGCAAAAAGUCUGCAAAUUCUCCAAAAUUAAAUUUUCGCACCAUAAUCGAUAUGAUAAGACGUGCAAAAUGCCCAGUAGUAGCUCAUAAUGCAGCAUUCGAUAUUUUUCAUACUGUUGAUCAGUUUUGGCAAUAUUUACCAGAAAAUAUUGAAGACUUCAAAACGAUCUGUAACAGCAUGUGGCCAACGAUUGUUGAUACCAAGUAUUUGGCUGAAUACCACCCUAUUCUGAAGACCUGUUUUGAUACUACUGUUUUGGGUUCCUUGUUCAAUUCUAUCGAAGCAGAGUUGAAGGAAGCUGGAGAAGAGAUUGUUAUGGCUGAAGGUUUUGAUAGGUAUAAAAAUACUGAAAAUGAGCACGAGGCUGGCUACGAUGCUUAUAUGACAGGAACAAUUUACCUCGCAUUCAUAAAAUUCAUUCACGAAAAACAAGAGGAACAAAAGCGGAAAGCAGAACAAAAGGAGUCUCUGAAAAGAAAGAGAUCAUCGUUGGAAGACAAUUCAGAAAGCAGCUCUCCCUCUACCGCUUCAACUCAAGUCAACCGAAAAACAAUUUUCAAGGAUGAGGAUAAUGGAGUCGAGAUGGAUACAGAAGUUGCGAAAGAGGCGUUAGACGAUCGAAGGAGUGAGAAAGAAGAAGGAGAAGCAGAAACAUCAAGUGAGUCUGACUCAGAGUCUGGUUCUGACUCUGACUCGGGCUCUGAUUCUGACUCGGGCUCUGACUCUGAUGACUCUAAUAAUGAAGGAAUAAAGUCUAGAAAUAUUUUCAUGGACAAGUCGAUUAGGCCUUAUUAUGGUCGCAUAUUUUUAAUGCGCAGUGAUACACCUUACAUCAACUUGAAGGGACAAGAAACGAUUGAAAUCGUGACGUACCCUAAUAAAUUCUUCCUUCAUAAUAUUCCUCCUGGAUUGACAAACACAGCACUUGAGAAGCUGUAUGAAACAAUUCAACCAUUUGCCGUUUCCUGGAUUAAUGAUCACAGUGCUUGGAUCAUUUUGAAAGAUGAAACGAAAAUACCGUUCGUCAAGCUAGGUUUGUUGGGUUUGUCUCUAGUGCAAAGCUUUCUACCAGGCUGUUCCCGCCAAGCUGAAGGACAAGCCUAUGGAAUUACAAAAGAAGCAGGAAAAAUGGAGCUUUUAUCUCAUCAGCAAUGGCAAGAAAUAUACGGUCCCAAAAGAACUGUGAAUUACAAUAAUACAGCAUCUAUUAUGAGACUUAAUAAUUUUAACACAGUCCACCCAGUUGUUUCCGGUACCACUGUCACUGCUACAGCUGCUUCUGCCGUUAGCGCAGAUAUUGUUACUAAUGCAGAAAACGUUGAAAUAGCGAACGACUUGGAACGCGUGCCAGAAGGCGGAGCGGGCUAUGAUGACCUAGAUAUACCAAUUCCACCAUCAUUUGCAGUUUCAAUGAAGAGAAAGAGGAAGGAGGAUGACGACAUAGACCUUGAUGAGUCAGUAAACAAGCAACAGAGGACAUCUUUCUAG